AUAUGUGAUUAGUAUAACAAUAAUUCUAUUCUAUUAUUUGUAGCCCGCCAUAAGCAGCAAUGAUACUUGUCUAUUCCAACAGUGUGCACACAGUCAGAGGUUUCCGACAGGCUUCAAUCCAUGAUUACUCCCAAAUUUUCAUUCUUUGUGCUGUACUGAUUCUUGAGCACUGUGUCAUCUUGAAAAUUGCCUCGGUUUAAGAACAGGGUCGUUUGUUGGAUUAUAAGCGGAUUUUUUGCAGAAAAUUUGUUUGACUUUGGAGUUAAAAGUUCUUUUGCAGGGUUUAAUAUCUUGUUUUUGCCAUGGAUUCUCCUCAAUCUGUUGUGUCGCCACUGAAGAGCUCUUCUGUUUAUCCUGAGUCCGAGAAGCAAAACACUAACCUUUUCGUAGAGAAUGCCGGCUGCCUAUCGAGAGGAACUGUAUUUGGAAGGAAAGAAGCUAUAAGCUCAAACCAAGAGGACUUCCUCGGCAUUUUGGAGGUUUACAUCCACCAGGCUAGGGACAUCCAUAACAUUUGCAUCUACCAAAAGCAAGAUGUUUAUGCUAAACUUUGCCUCACUAGUGAUCCUGAAGAUGCUGUCUCGACCAAAAUCAUUAAUGGUGGUGGAAGAAAUCCAAUCUUCAAUGAGAGUCUCCGACUUAAUGUUCACAAGGUUUAUUCCUCUCUCAAAUGUGAGAUAUGGAUGCUAAGCAGGGUGAGGAAUUAUCUUGAAGAUCAAUUGCUCGGGUUUGCUUUGGUGCCUUUGUCUGAAGUCCUUCUCAACAGUGGGAAGUUAGAGAAAGAAUUUCCCCUCUCCUCAACCGAUCUCUUCCACUCCCCUGCCGGAUUUGUUCAGUUAUCCCUCUCUUAUGUUGGAGCGGCGCCUGAUGUGAUUCCAAUUCCUGCUCUACCCACGUCUGUGGCUACUGAUGCAGUAGUGCAGGAUAAAGAAUCACCCACAUCUGUAACGGAUGACUUUGAAAAAAUUGAAUUCCCAGAUCCUAAAGUAGUGAGUGAGAAUAAUCAAAUGGUUUCUGAGUAUUUUGGGAUCAAAUGUGGCAAUCAGGACUCUGAGAGUUCAGAGAGCCUGGUUACUUCCGAUACUGAAAAUCAGAUAAGCUCAGAUGUAGGGGUUCAACCCACGGAAAGUUUCUUGACCGACACCAUCAGUUCCACUCUAUUCCCCAAGCAUGAUUCACCUCCUAGCUGCGUAUCAACAAAUGGAACUUCAUCUGUUUCACUUCCUCCGAGCUCUGAGUCCUCUGAGACCCACAGAGAUUCUAAAUCUCCAAACCAGGAAUAUGUCUCCUUUCCUAAGGAUGAUCUGAAGGAGAAAAAUGCUGAUGAUGGAGAUGCUGGGAGCAAUACAUCAGGUGGCAUGUCAACUAAUGAAUUUAUAAAGCCUCUUGUCACCGUAAACAUUGAACAAGAGUCGAAGGUGGUGCAACAGGACAUUGUGGAUAUGUACAUGAAGAGCAUGCAGCAGUUUACUGAGUCAUUGGCCAAGAUGAAGCUUCCAAUGGACUACGAAAGUGGGCCUACCAGUUCUGGGAAUUCAAGUUCGGAUCAGAAAUCACCAGCAUCUAAGAACUCCAGCUCCCGAGUGUUUUAUGGAAGUAGAGCUUUCUUCUGAACGUUGAUUUGAUUGGCUUAGAGUACACUGGUGACUUUGUUGAUUAGAGUUGAAACUGAUGGUAGUUGUAAAACUAAAUGUAUUAUGUAAUGUGGUGUUAAUUAUUGUAAGAUGGGAAUGUUUCAGAUGGCGGAAAAGAUCCCGACUUUGUACUUGUUAAGAGCUUUGUUCUGUUUUGUCCUUGACUUUUAUUGUUAGACUUGUACUCUUUCCUCUGAUUGUAAUAACUCUGUUAAUUAUCAACUUCCCUUCAGUAAUGGAUCAUCUUGACCUUUUCUAGCGAUCA